CAGUGGGAGGGGGCACCGGAUGGAGGUCACGUCCGGGGAUUGAGCAGAAAGGGGUCCACCGGGAAGGACGGGGGAACACUCCCCGAAAGGGCUGGGCCGCAGGGCGAGGCCCGGAGCCGACCGUCCAAACCCCUGACCCUGACCCUAACCCCCAAAUCCGCAGCCCGACGGGCCCGUCCCUCCGAGCCCCCGGAUCGGCCCCGGAGCCAGAGAAGAGGCCGAUAAGGGGCGUUGCGCCGGCGGGGAGGGAUGGCCGUAGGAAAGGGGGGAAUGUCCCCAUGGGGAUUCUCUCUAUCUCUUCUCCAGAUGCGAAAGGACCGGCCGAGGAUGCGGAUUCUUCUGCGGUCUGGAGGGUCGAGGGGGCGGGCUCCCACUCCGUCGAUCCUUGGUCCGCCUGUGCCUUCUAUGGAGACUGACUGGUGUGACUGGUGUCGGACGGACCGGCUUUCCGCCUCUAUGCCCUCUCCAGCGAGCCCGGGGGCCCCCACUUCCAGCCUUCCUCUUAGGGCAUCCCUCCUCAUCCCUCCUCCUUAACCCGGGAAAGCUGCUUCACGUGCUUGGAACCGCGCGGCCGUGCGCCCCCUGGCGGCCGCCCCUCGCACCGCCCCCGGGGGCGGAUUAUCCGCGCCCCGCUUCUGCCACACAGCGGCCCCUGCCGGCCGCCGGCGGGAUCGCGGGUCCCGGCCGGGAGAGGUCCCCCCGCUGUUUUUGGGCGGGAGGGGAAAAAUCUCGUCACACCUAGGGAGGAAAUUUCCUCCCCCAAAGGAAAGAGCCCGAUCCCGGGGACAUCCUUCAACACCACCGGAGAAUGGGAAGAACUGGAAAAGACAAGCGGCCGGCUCCGGGGUGGGAGGCGGUAGCCAGCAGUAACUGAUUUACGUCCAGGGGCCUGGGAGUGCGAGGCCGUCAGUGGGAAAAGAGAGUUAAAAAGGAGAGGACCUAGACGGACUUAGACAGGCGGAAGGAGGGCACAGACGGCGUCUCAGCGGGCCCGGAGUUUAACUCUGCAGCGGCGGCGGCGGCGGCAGCAGCAGCAACGACCAGAGCAGCAGCAGCAGCAGCAGCAGCAGCCAAGUCCUCGGCCCCCUCCCAAGCCUCGAGCCCCUCGGGGUCGCCCUCGUCUCCUCUCUCCCUUCGGGGUCGCUCGGUUCGCAGCACUGCGGGUCGGUCCCGUCCGCCUGACCCUCUCCGGCGCCCUCGCCCUCUCCCCGCCCAGACAACGGGGCGCUCCGUGCGGCGGCCACAUCCCUGGAGCCCGCGGGGCCGAGGGCGGCGGGGCCGGGAGCCCUCCACCGACCGGGUCCGCUCCGCCGAAGUCCUCGCCUGGCUCUGCUCCCACGCCCAGACCGACCUGGCCCGGAGCUCCGAGAUGUCCGCCUGCAGCCCGGACAUCGCCGACGGCCGGGAGGGCUCCCGGCGGGCCGCCCCCCAUCCCGGCUCCCCGCCGCCCCACGACUUGGCUUCCGGCGAGGACGCGGCGCUGCUCCCCGCGGCCCCCCCCAACGGGACACUCCGCCCAGGCGGCGCCCUACCUCGGGAGGCCGGAGCUCCCGGCUGCCGGUGGAAGGACGGGCCGGGCCCGGUGUGCAAGCAGCCGGCCGAGCCGCCCGACCACAAGGCCCCUUUGGGCUCCACCGCGUCCGUGAACACCGAGGCCAGCUGCAAGAGUCGCCUGUCCACCGCCUCGAGGAUCCAAGAGGUGGCGGGAGACGACCGCUGUGCGCACUGCAUCCUGGCCUGCCUGUUCUGCGAGUUCCUCAGCCUCUGCUCCCUGGCCCUGGAGUGCGUGGUCUGCGGGGGGGCGUGCGGGGGCGAGCCCUGGGAGCUCCGCGGCCCGGAGCCCGGCGGGGGCUGCGCUUGCGGACCCGGCUGCGGGGUGCUGCAGGACUGCUGCGGCUCGGCCGACUGCCUGGAGCUCUGCACCGAAUGCUGCUCCAUCUGCUUCCCGGCAUGAGGGGGGGCGGGGGGCGAGCCCCCGGCUUCCCCCCCACCCCUCCGCCUCAAUCCCCCCACCCCAUUCCCUCGUCUCGUUGCCCCGCGUGCCCUGGGCCGGACGUCGCGGAAGCCCGGGGUGAAAAACGCACGACCUCGCCUGGCCUUUGGGAGGGCGUUUGCUCGUGGUGCGAAUGCCUGCAAGGGAAUGGAAGCUUUUGCACGGAGAUGCGAGCUUGGCCAGUGGGUCCUGCGGGGGCUGCCGGGCCGCCAGGGGAGCUGGGAGCAGGAUUCAUCUCGGAUUGACAGGGAUUCCCAUUGGCUUCGUGCCUCAACAAGUGAGGACCGGCUUUCUAAUUCCACAAGUUCUGGGACGCCCCGUUACGCACACGUGGGCAGGCAGGCCGUUGGAUGGGAACCUGCGGACCCGCUCCUCCGCGUUUCCCGCUCCCAUUGGUCAUCGGGAUGGGACGGUCAGAAUUCCCAGGCUCCGUGAUGUCACCACUGGACUCGGACUCCCAGCCGCCCGCUGCGGCCUUCUCCCUGGGCCGUCCUCGCAGACGGGCCAGCCCGCCGGCUCGCCGAACUGUGACCGAUUCUUUGCGGUUCCGUGUCGAACCCCCUGCAAAUGUGAUGUCGUCCGGAUGGUCCGGCCUUCCGUGCCGUGAUGUCAUUGGAGUGAGCAACAAGCACUUUCCCCCCAUUGAAGAACGAUUAUUAUCUUUACGUGUUAGCACAGAAGUUACACUUUUAUAUCCACUUUAUGGUAUUGUUUAUAAAAAAUAACUCGUUUUAA